AUGUCUCAAGAUCUAGGACAAUCUGCUUCUAGAAAGAAACAUUCCACAGGGCGAGAAUGGUCGGCUCGCGAUACAGAGACCAUCGAACGUAUGGUGAAAGAGCAUCCCCAUGAAGGUUGGGAGACACUCCGAGAAUUAUACGAGGAAGGGAAAUACAAACUCUCACAACCUUAUAGUUCAACAGUUGUUCAGAAGGAAGUGCAGGCUAGAUGGAAGGAAAUCGCCGAAAGGACGGAAUUCACUCCAGAACAAUGGAUGAUCUUGUGUAAAGAACGAGAUUCCAAAGAUCAGAACCGUCGCAGCUACAGUAGGAUUUGGUUGAAGUAUUUCCCAGAAUACGCGAAGAAAACUCUAGAAUUAAAGUAUCGAAGUUUAAGUGAUAAGGAGAUAAACUAUUACCUAAACGAAUCUGCGGCUAGUCAGGCGAAGAUUGUUCGAACAGAACCGCCAGGGGGGUAUGCUUUGAAUAUGAAUCCAGAAAAUAAUGCCAAAUACGUCUAUGCCACUUGGCUCGAAGGGAAGGAGAAGCAACUGAUGAAUGAUGAUCAGUAUCUACACAAAUAUUUCCUGAAAUAUGGCUUCAAAAAUCUCACCAUAAACGCCAUAAGUCAAUUCGUCAGGAAAAUGAAGAGAAACCACAAACCAGUGCCUAGCUCUAUCCCUGCUGUUCCCACCAUGAAAGGUAUUUGGUGGAAUAAAGAGAAUCUCAGUUAUCUCAGACGUAUUGCUGAAGAAGAACUGCAGAGUGUUUUUCACGGAGAUUGGAAAAGUGUACUUAAAUAUCGCUUUGAAGGCUUAGGGCUAAAUCAUACCAUGCUCUCACAGAAGUAUAAUGCUCUACGCUCUGGUAAAGCCGCGGUGGAGAUUGACGUGCGGAUAAAUUCUGCAAAUCUCAAUCGUGAGAAACAAAAUAAAGUCUUUAAACGGGCCCACGGACUGAAAAAAAUCGUGUGGGAUAGUGCAAAUGACGAUUUUGCCCUAGCAUACUACUUGUAUCGUAAUGGAGAGGAAUCUCGCAGUGCUAUAAGGGCAGACGAGGAAGUGUUCCUGAAACGCCAUAAUUUUACAGAUAGUCGAACGAAGUUAUACGAGGAAUUGUUCCUGAAACGACAUGAUUUUACAGAUACUUUAAAGGACGCAUACAACCGUGGCAGCGAACUUAACAAAAGAGGAUCAAAGCCAAGUGGCGAAAAGAUAGACCUAAGAGCUGGACCACCGGGAGAAUACUUGAUGGAUUUGGAAGAUUGGGAAUUCCACGAAUGGCUUUGUGAUACCUCGGAUCAAAACCCAGGUGAAAUCACAGACCUGAUGAAGUAUCAUAUGCCGCGAUGUGUGAAUGAACCAGUUGAAAUAUACAAUCUACGGCGACAUUUUUGGGAUACGACGGGACAUGAAGAUAUAGAAUGUCCAUUGAAAUUCACUAGAAAAUCUACUCCUAAGACAAGCACAAGCACAAGCACUACUAGAACACAGAGUAGUAGGGCAAAACUAUCUAGUAGUCGAGAACCAUCACAACGAACCAAUGUUCACGAUAAUCGAGAUCUUUAUGAAGUCACUCCUCCGCCACUCCGAAAAUCAUUCCACUCAAAGCAACCUGCAGAAGGAUAUGCAUCAGGAGGAUGGACAAGCGUAAACAAACCAGCACCAGAGCAACGAAAUCGUUCUCCAUCUAGAGUCCGCGAGACCGAAUCAAGGGGAACUCUUGCGCUUCGACCAAGUCCUAAGCCUCGCGCCUCGGAUAGCACCGCUAGUAAGUCAGCGGCGAAACGACCUGCUAUAUCGACUGAAAGGAAAGAUGGUAUUAAACGGACGAGAGAGGGAACUGAUCCACUAAAAAGGUAA